AUGCACUUUCUCUGGCUCUGCGUCUCCCAAAUCGCUCUGACAGAUGACGCCGAGUCCUCGCUGGGUCUCGCCACGCCGAUUGCACCCUUCACAAAUCCGCUACAUUCUUCCCCUCGCUCUGUCCCACUUCUGUUUACGACGUCGGCAUCGUGGCAGCCAGUCGUUAGCGCCCGAAACCGCUACGCUAACUGGCGCGUUUCAUCUGCAGUUAGCGGCGAACAGCGUGGCUUCCUUCAACCGCCGACUGAAGCAGGGAAUAAAAGGAAGAAGCGUCUGAUUGGGUUCUUGGGAGAGCAUAAGUCACUGCGUAAACCUGGGCCUGACCAUCUCCAGCUAAACCUGGCGUGCAGUGGGAACGAGACCGAGGAGGCGUGCAGUGGGAACGAGACCGAGGAGGCGUGCAGUGGGAACGAGACCGAGGAGGCGAUCGUCAGCGUCUGUCAGAGGACGGAGCAGAUAGAGUUAGCAGCAAAGCGACUCCGGGUCGAGACUCCAAUCUCCCAGAGACGCAAAAACAAUUCUAGGGGAAUGACAUGUUGUGGAAGACCCCAGGCUAGCUCCGUCGCUGUGGCUUCCGACGUGGGUGAAAGGAUCUGGUGUGACAAAGGGGGGAGGGCGGGUGAACCAUCUCGCACACAGAUGACCCACAUCGGCGGGACAGGUCGAGGGUCCCGGGCUGAAGCUUACCCCGAGGGAGACGCUAAUCUUGCGGACGAGAGGUGA